CAUCGGUGAGCCCAGCUGCGGAGACGGUUUGCCAGGUGCAGUCUGAAAGCAGGUCAGGCAAGAACGAGUUGAGCAGCAACGGGCUUAUCAUGUGUGGCGAGGCGAGUGGAAGGGUGUUGCGUACACAUGAAGAGUGGCAAGCCAGAGAGGCGAGGACUGUGAGAGAGGGGCAGAGAGGGGGAGGGGGAGAGAGGGGGAGAGAGGCGGAGAGAGGGGGACAAAGGGAGAGAGAGCGGGAGAGAAGGCGAGAGAGAUGGAGAGAGUGGGUGAGAGGGGGAGAGGGGGGAGAGGGGGGAAGAGGGGGGAAGAGGGGGAGAGGGGGGAGAGAGCGGAAGAGAGGGGGAGAGAGGGGGAGAGAGGGGGAGAGAGGGGGAGAGUGUGGGAGAGAGGAGGAAAGAGGGGGAGAGAGGAGGAGAGAGGGGGAGAGGGAGAGAGAGGGGGAGAGAGGGGGAGAGAAACGGAGAGAGGGUGAGAGAGGGGGAGAGAGGGGGAGAGAGGGGGAUAGAGGGAGCUUAUGCGGAAAAAAGUUAUAGGCUAGAUAUGUUAUGUUCUU